GGGGGUGUUGACAGUCACGACCACUUACGUCUGCAAAGGUACUCCAUUCAAAGAGUCAUGCGACCGAAGAAAUACUACAAGACUGUUUUCUACGGGCUUCUCGACAUAGCUGUUAUUAACGUUUUUAUCACCCACCGUGAGUACGCGAAGUCGGUGGGGGAAAAACCUCUUUCACACGUGGAUUUUCUCAUUCAGCUACACGAGGAGCUACUCGCUCUCGGAGAUGAUGACUUCCUGGAAACGGUGCCAGUCGCCGAAGCCGCUGUUACCGAGGUGGAGCCAAGAACUAACCAGACACCAGUUUCGACGGCGUACUCGCUAGCAAGCUCGAAGCAUCAAUUGAUGGUGUCGACGGACAAGACAGCAAAGGGAAAGUUCGAGUUUCGCGUGUGCAAAGUUUGUUCGGUACUGGGUGGUGCUGGCAGUCCUGGAUCGAAUCGACCUCCCGGCACAACGCGUCAUUACUGCAAGCAGUGCUCCACUGAUCGAGGAAGACUGUUUUUGUGUUCCAAGGCGCGACACGUAUCCGAUGGUAAUUCUGUAUCGUGCUUUAACAUUUGGUACUCGAAAUGGAAGAACGGAGAUCAACUUCCACACUCUGAAAAGGUCGGACGGAUCCGAAUGCGUCGGUCGAAGGAGGAGUUACGUGCGGAAACGAUGGACACAGCUUCCUCGGAUGCUGUACUGCCAAGGCAAUACGAGACCGAUGUUCAGAAUGCUGAUGGGGCUGCUUCGGUGUCAUCUUCGCAGUUACCGGUUCCAAGUGUCACGCGAAACGUAGAGGUACAAGUGCAUCAGCCAGAGCGGCCAGGCGCAGAUGCAGCAGGACAGGAUGAAGAAGGAGUAACUGCGACUGAGAGGCCCCCGGAUGAGAGCGAGCGGGAGGCCGUGGCGGAAGUGCUGGCGGAGCUGCUCGGCGCGGUGGAAUGUACGCUCAGCGGGGCCGAACAGCAGAAUGAGUCGGAAAAUUAG